CUACUCGUCCAUCGAUCAUCUCCCACAAUGGCUUUGUUCUCCAUGACCGCAUCAAUUCCCCGCGUCCUCUUCCUCGUCUCUCUGGCCCUCGCAAUGGCAGCCGGGCCGUGGCCGGUGGCGGCGCGCGGGGGGCGCCUGAUCCACCUGCACUUCUACAUGCACGACAUCACGGGUGGGCCCGACCAGACGGCGGUGCAGGUCGUGAAGGGUCCCGGCGCGGUACAUCCGCUCAUGCCCGGCUCCCACUUUGGCGACACGACGGUGAUCGACGACGCCCUGACGGAGGGGCCCAGUGCGGCGUCAAGGCUCAUCGGGCGCGCACAGGGGACGUACAUGCUAGCGUCCCUCAAAGAACCCGUGCUGAUGGUCACUAUGACCGUGGCGCUCACGGGCGGAGCCUACAACGGCAGCACCAUCGCCGUGGUGGGCCGGGACGACGUCUCGGCGGGCGUGAGGGAGCUGUCGGUGAUCGGCGGCACCGGUGCGUUCCGAAGGGCCACGGGGCACGUGCUGUGGCGGACGUCGAGGAUCGAGUCGAGAGACCACAUGGUACUGGAGCUCGACGUGUACGCCACCGUGCCAGGAGGUAGUCUUGCGCCGCCUCCACGCGUCGACGGAAUGCAUCAGGCGGCCUGAACCUCAACAGCUCAACUGGACGUGAUCCUAGACCGCGUAUAUGGAUACGACCGUGAGUUUGAUUUUGCCACGCAUGCUGGUCAUACUGUCUCGUAUAAAAUCGUUGCAGUUCCACAUAUGUUGGUGAAGAACAUAUAUUACUGUUCAGUUGGUGCUGUCGAUGGAUGAGAAGUUCAAAUUUUUAACCUUGCAUUGAAAUGAAUAAAGUUCAAGGGAUUCAUCAAGUAAUCACA